AUGUGGCCACUUUUGUCUGGAGGGAAGCCAGUGAUGGUUGUCGUGCAUGAUGCUCCCAUCAAAGAGCUAACGCAAAGAACUGCAUUUAUUUGCACUUCCCAUAGAACUCUAAGGUUAAAGGUAAUCCACGAGCUGAAUCAACUGGUUGAAGGUGAAAGUUUGCUGCAAAUUCAGCUUCUGGUUUCUUUAAGAAACAUUGUGAUUGCACUUGGUUAUCAAUCACCCAUUUUCCAUAAUAUUACGCUGCCACUUCUAGAGAAUGAAAUUGAUAUUAAUAGUCCAAAUGAACUCAGCCUUCUUGAAGAUAACAUGCUGUUCUGGGAGGCUACACUUUCCCAAGCCCCACCAAUGCUAUUAUGUGCUAAACUUCUUGAUCCAGUUGUUGGGAAUGUCAAUGACAAAGGUUUACUUUCUAUUCUUCCAGUAGUUGCCAUCCUGGCAAGGGUUUUAGUGAUGAGUACAAAUUCACUUGCCCAAUUAGCAUCAGAUCCAGAACCUGUUCAUGAGUGUUUGCAGCCCUGCAUCAACUAUCCAAAAUUGCAGCCUGCAUUAAUAAAAUCAAGAGAAAUGUUUUCAAACUAA